CGACCCGGCCGCGGCGGCUCAGAACGCGGCUGCGGCGAGCGCGGGCGGCAGCAGCUCUCUCCCGGCCGCCUUGGGACCUCCCCUGUUUACCCGCAAAGGACAGAGACGUUGGCUGGCGGCCCCCGCGAUGCGGGCCCUAAGGCUUGAUGAAGGAGCGUGAGCGACCCGCGCAGGAUCGGAUUGGCUCAGACCCAGACGCCCUCAGCCGGGCGGAGUCGCCCACGCGUCCUUCACCUGCAGGUCUAGCUCCGUGGUGAGCCCAUACCUUGGCCCCAAGGCGCCUGGCCUGCACUCAGCCAACAUGCCGUGGGAUCCGCGGCCCGGGAGCGGCCCUGACGGUGGGCCUGAGGGCACAGGUGCAGCCCGCUCGGUGCAGAAGCAGUGCCGGAAGUCGUCCUUCGCUUUUUACCAGGCAGUGCGUGACCUGCUGCCUGUGUGGCUGCUUGAGGACAUGCGCGCCAGCGAGGCCUUCCACUGGGACGAGCGUGGGCGCGCAACUGCCUUUUCGCCUUCAGAGGCGCUACUUUAUGCACUCGUGCACGACCACCAGGCCUAUGCGCACCACCUGCUGGCCACCUUCCCACGCCGCGCGCUGGCGCCACCCAGCUCUGGCUUCCGCUGCUGUGCUGCGCCCGGGCCCCACGUGGCUCUGGCCGUGCGCUACAACCGCGUGGGCAUCUUGCGCCGCAUCCUGCACACAGUGCGGGACUUCCCGCCCGAGGAGCGCGCGCGCCUGCUGGACCGGCGAGGCUGCAGCCGUGUGGAGGGCGGUGGGACGUCGCUGCAUGUGGCUUGCGAACUGGCCCGGCCAGAGUGCCUCUUCCUGCUGCUGGGCCACGGAGCCUCACCCGGCCUGCGUGACGGUGGCGGCCUCACACCUCUCCAGCUGCUGCUGCACCAGCUGGACCGUGAUGCCACUGGCCCUGGGACCUCAGGGGCCGGGGAGCCGCACCAGCGCCACCUGCUGCUGCUGGACCUGUUGGCGCUCUAUACUCCUGCAGGUGCUGCUGCCCCAGCCCGCCGCGAGCUGCUGGGCGACCGGUCACGCUGGCAGCGGCUGCUGGGUGAGGACAAGUUCCAGUGGUUGGCCGGGCUGGCUCCUCCCUCACUCUUUGCACGUGCCAUGCAGGUGCUGGUCACCACCAUCUCACCUGGUCGCUUCCCUGAGGCCCUGGAUGAGCUGGCGUUGCCACCCUUCCUGCGGCCACUGGACCUCACAGGCAAGGGCUAGGCCCAUGUGAGCCAGGGGCGGACUGGUUUCUGAGCGCUGUACCUGGCACUUCACAUAUAUCAUUCUUUGCAGAAGC